UUUAGAUACACAUUUGGCGUAACAUCUAUUUUUCCGGAUUUUCCCCGACUCUUAAUUCUUAUUUCUGAACAACGAUAUCAGAAAAUAAGAAUAAUGUCUGUACCAAACGCUGAAAAACGAGCCAAUGCCAUCAAGAAGGCUUUGAUGUUCUUGGAAUCGGAAUUCGAUACGAAAGAGUUUCCGUUUUCGUGUGAUUGCUUUGGAACUGAACGAGAUGAUCUUCAGUCAGCCUCAAAUUUGCCGAAAUUUACCUUGGGCACCGAAACGUUUAAUUUGUAUCUCCUUUUACUGCUUGUAGGAAAACAUUUGCCAUCAACUUUCCGCAAUAAACUCAUUGCGGCAGUACGUCCAAAUAAAAUAGCAAUGUUAAACUUUUUCGCCGACAUUACCGGCGAUCUUCAAUUAUUUCCAAAUGAUCAAGACACGACAGUAGUUUGUUAUCAUGCGCUUUUAGCAACGCACACCAUUAACGAAGUUGACCUUGUAUCAAUGUCUCAAUCCAUCUAUGAAAAUGUCAACGACGAUGGUGUGCUUCAGGCAUAUUACGUGUCUAAAGACAAUUCGCGUUACAAUCGAAUCGAUGCCGUUUGCAUUAUCAACAUCUUGCGAUUUGCCUAUGCACAACGUCACGAACGUUUUGUUCAACGUUCCGAAGAUUAUGUUUUCGACUGGCUAAUCAGCGGAAAGUACAAAUCUGGCACGAUCUACUAUCCCAGUGCUUAUACAUUCCUGUAUUUCUGUUCGCUGUUGGCAUCGACAAAUUAUCAGACUAAGAUUAGGUUCAUGGAUACGCUGCGGCGGGAGUUUGAUCAGAUCAAACAAGAAGACUUAAAAUACCCGUUGGACUACGCUCAAACCAUAUUAACAGGCGCAAAAAUUGGAUUGUACGAUGAAAGUUUGAUCGGAAAAUUAUUGGAAAUGCAAAAUAAGGAGGAUGGAAGUUGGCCGGCCGAUGCUUUGUAUUGUACACAUCGUGUAAAAGUUUAUUAUGGAUCAAAAUCCAUUUCAACGAUAUUGUCCGUUUUAGCGCUUAUGGAAACUAUUUAGUUUCGUUGCCUAGGUCAUCGUAAAUGUAAGCGUAAAAAUAUUUUUCAUACCUAGCACUUUUUCUAUGUCCAAUAUGAAAAAUACUAUUCGUACCACGGACUAAAAGUUUUUUUUAGCGUAAUCGAUUCCAGACCUCGCCUUUGGCUCUGUCUGGAAGACUUUCAGUCCUAGGUACGAAAUAUACUAUUGUUUAGACAUUUGACACUUCCCGCAAGGUCCUUUGUUCAAAUUACAAUUUCCUACAAAAUUUUCCUCAUAACAGUCUAUAACAUAUGCACGAUUAACAGAACUUAGACUCAGAGCUAUACCUAAAGGUAUGUGCUUAUUAUUGUAAAAUCCAAGGUAAAUAUAGUGAGGAGGGUCGGGACAUCUGUUCCCUGUUGUGAAUUAGUGGAAAUAUUUUGUGAAAUACUAGGAAAUCCUGUUCAACUAUUUCAAAAAAAGAUUGACAUUACCUUCACAUUAUUUACCUUGGUAAAAUCAUCGUAUCGAAAAUAUAGUACGUUAAAUAA